AUGUUCGGUAGAGCUUGCUGUUGGAACAUCGAGGAAGCGACGUUGUCACGGGACAACUUCGUGAUAAGUCUGUCCACCAAGGAAGUCCACCAAGCAAUAGUGGAAGUACUGACGCACCCAAUGCUGGCGCGGGGCUCCGCAGCGCACGAAAAAUGUAAGACUGACGCCCUGGACAGCACGCCUGCGUGGAGGAUAGCGAUCGGAAGCAGCGACCCAGAGCAUCUUCAGCGGUCGAAAGCUGCGAUGCUGGAGCUUGAAUACGUUGACGGACGGCCAGUGUUUGCCCCUGCUAGCACCCAAUACAGACGGAUCAGGGGUGUCAAGCAAGGCCACGAUGUAAACUAA